CGCCGGAGCGCAAGGGCGGGAAGGAGAGCGCGAGGCCUCCUCCUCCUCCUCCGGGCGCCAUGGAGACGCCGCGGCAGGAGACGCCGAGGCCUGAGGCCCCUCCAACGACGGCAGCCGCGGCCGCCAUGGCUUCUCCGACGCCGCUGCCUUCUCCUGCCUUCCUGGCCUUCGCGGGCUCCUGCGAGCAGGACGUGACUCUGGCCAAGUCCUUCUGGAACUCCGUCACCCUCCAGCCGCCGCUCGAGUCCCGCCUGGGGCCGCGAAGGGACUCGGCCAGCUACGCCGGCUCCAGGAAGGGCUCCCGGGCGGAGGCGCCGAGCGGCACCAGCCUGCAGGUCGCCCACGGCGCCGACUACAGAAAAGAAGAUGACAAAAGCACGGAAACUAGUGCUGCUGAGGAAAGUGAUUUGAAGGAACAGUAUAUUAAGAAGAGCAAGAAGAGAGAAGAAAUAAUAGCAUUACUGAAGAAACAAAGGGAAGAGAGGAUUGCGAAAGAAAUGUUAUCUGAUCCAUAUAAGCCAAAGAUCAGACCUCGUGAAAGCGAAAUUAAAAAAAAGGUAUCAGAUUCUGACCUUGAGGAUAAAGAAAGUGUAAGUGCUUUACCUUGAGCAUUUUGGUCAACGUGAACAACUUGGAGAGAGAAGUCUUGGUCCAUUCAGAAAUCUUGUCCUGUUCUUCAUCGUAUUCUGCCUUGGGCUGUUCAGAUGCUGAGCCCUUGUGGGAUUCCCUGGCUAACUUUCUUCCUAAAGUGUUUGAGAAGAGUGCCCUAUGUCAAAAGCUAAUAGAUUCUUCAAUUUGGCUAGUAAAUUUAUUAGUUUGUCAUGCCAAGCAACAAGGCAUGGUUAGAAAUGCUGAAUACAAUAAACUGGCUUUGAAACACCA